UUCGUCCUGCCCCUGUCCCCAGUCUCGCCGCCGAAAUCCUCUCCGGCGUGGCCGAAGCAGCCUCAGCUCCUCCUCCUGCCGAAGUACAGCUACUCUACCCCGCAGCUGUCCUACGCCGUACUCCCUACCAUCCACCGGAUUCGUGCGGGAAUAAGACGCAUCUAGAUGCCCAUGCAGUCAAUCGCCGCUCCGACAAGGGCAGGGAGCCGUCUCUGCGUGCGCUGCGGUGAGCGGAAGGCCGCGCUCAAGCGGCCCAAGACUCUAGAGCAGAUAUGCAGGGAAUGUUUCUAUAUUGUCUUCGAGGACGAGAUCCAUCGAACAAUUGUUGACAGCAAUUUGUUUAAAGCCGGCGAGCGUGUGGCAAUUGGAGCUUCUGGUGGAAAAGAUUCGACUGUGCUUGCAUACGUGUUAUCAGAGUUAAACAAACGGCACAACUAUGGCCUCGAUUUGUUCCUUUUAUCGAUUGAUGAGGGAAUCACAGGCUACAGAGAUGACUCUCUAGAAACUGUUAAAAGGAAUGAGAUCCAGUAUGGCCUACCACUGAAAAUAGUAUCUUAUAAGGAUCUCUAUGACUGGACAAUGGAUGAUAUUGUGAAAGCAAUUGGCCUUAAAAACAAUUGUACUUUCUGUGGUGUUUUUCGACGUCAGGCACUAGACCGAGGUGCUGCUCUGUUGAAGGUUGAUAAGAUUGUAACUGGGCAUAAUGCAGAUGACAUUGCAGAGACUGUUUUGCUAAAUAUUUUGCGUGGCGAUAUUGCGAGGUUAAGUAGGUGCACCUUCAUAACUACUGGUGAAGAUGGACCAAUCCCUAGAUGCAAGCCUUUCAAAUACACCUACGAGAAGGAGAUUGUUAUGUAUGCUUAUUUCAAAAAGCUGGACUACUUCUCCACUGAAUGUAUCUAUUCACCAAAUGCAUAUCGUGGAUUUGCUCGUGAAUUCAUUAAAGAUUUGGAAAGAAUGAGGCCUAGAGCUAUCCUGGACAUCAUAACCUCUGGCGAAAAUUUCCGGAUAUCCACGACAACAAGAAUGCCAGAGCAAGGAACAUGUGAACGUUGUGGUUACAUUUCUAGUCAGAAACUAUGCAAAGCUUGCGUCUUGCUUGAAGGAUUGAAUCGAGGCCUGCCGAAGCUAGGCAUAGGGAGGACUGCUAAAAGCGGCGCUGGAGCUGAUGGUAACGGUGAGCGCCAAGGCAAACGUCCAGAGAGGAAUAGGUCGAGCCUGCAUGGAAAGCACGGCAACUUAGACUUCUGAAUAUGUGUUGUAACAAUGGUCACCGAGGAAAACUUCCGUUGCUGGUGUUCUUUGUUUGUUCCCUAUGAUAUGAUGUACUUCUAUAAUCUACUCUGUUUCAGUUCAUGCCCGUCGCUGCUUGUUAAGACGGGAAUUGAUCAAAAUGAAAUACAUGUAUCUAGCA